UCUUGAAGCCUUGAGAACAGAUCCUGCGACUGCAGCGAGAGUACAACAAGUUCGUGAUUUUACAAGAGCAGAGAAGAAAAGAUUAGCAAUGGCUAUGAGAGAGAAACAACUUGGAGCUAUGGGCAUGAGAACAAAUGAUAAAGGCCAGGUUACGGCUAAAUCUACAAUACUGCAGCAAAUGGAAGAUCUAGGCGAGGAAACUGGUUUAGUUUGUGUAAUUUGUAGAGAAGGGUACAAAUGCCAGCCAACAAAAGUUUUAGGUGUAUAUACCUUCAGCAAAAGAUGUAAUGUUGAAGAAUAUGAUUCUAAGGCAAGAUGGACGAUGGGAUAUACUACUGUCACACAUUUCAAUGUUGUGCAUUUUGAAUGUCAUAUGAGUGCAGUUAGAUUGGCUAGAGCAAGAGAUGAGUGGGAAAGUGCUGGCUUACAAAAUGCUAACACGAGAUGUAAUGGUUUGUUGCCAUUGUGGGGAAUGCAAGUUCCCGAACUAGCAUUUGCCAGCAGUCUUGCCAGACAUGACACAUAUUUGCAGCACAAAAUGUCCUUGCUCGAAAAACUUGAUAAAUCCAUUGAUGUGUUAAAAAAUUCAGAUGUUCUUUUAAGGUCUAAAGAAAAAGCACAGCAUUGUGUGUCUAUAGCAGAUAUUUUAUGCAGUGCUAAUUUUAAAAGUGCUCCAAAUUUUGCACAAAGAAUAAAUGUUUCCAUUUCUUUGUUGAUAAGACUUUGCAACGAUGAGCACUCAGAUAUUCGAAUGGUUGCUUCUGAAAACUUGGAUAGGAUAAUUAGAGCCUUGAGUGGUAGUUAUAUGGCUAAAAUACAAUUGGAGUUGUUUGAAGCUAUUAAACAAUGCAAUAAUAUAAAGUCUGUUCGUAUAGCUUUAACAAGAUUUGCAAAGCUAUCUGUAUACAUAAAGCCUCAAAAAGGCAAAGUGUACGUUGCAAAUUUGUUUCCUUGUUUAGAAAAUCUUUUAUCAAAGCCUGAUGACUUGUUGCACGAGACAUUUAGCGAAAAUUUAAUUGUUCCUUUUAAUGAAAGUCUUCAAAGUAAUGUAAUCGUGGGGGCUUUGAACGGUCUUAAAUUGUUGCUUCCCGUGUAUUAUGGGUAUUUUAAUAAAGGGAAGUCUACGACAAGUUUGGAUCAAAUUUUACAGAUUUUUGAGCUGUGUCUGCACUAUAUUAAUGUAACCAGCAGUGGAAAUACAGUAAUCACAAAUGCUGCACUUGAAACUUUAAACUAUUUAUUGUUUAACGCACCAAAACAAUUAAUUAACUCUUUAAUUUCCACUAACUACACUUUAAGAUUGCAUGAUCAAGAACAUGCCAAAAAUAUGUUGGAGGAACAAACUGCAAGCCAAAUGAGUAUAUCGAACUCAAUCAUAUCAGACAUAGGACUAGAUUAUGAUUUAUCAGAAAGCAUUUUAGAAAACUCAAUAUCCGAAGACUGGGUUUUACAAUCAAAAUUAACAACAAAUGAAAUUAGUCUAUCUCAAACAGAUUUAUCGACAUCCAAAACCAGAUUGUGUUCUGUUUCAAACCAAUCGAUAAGCGAUUCUUUGAGUGAUCAUUCAGAAUACGUACAAAUUUGUAACCUCGAUAAAACUUGCACGCAACAGAAAGAAAGUGGUGAUAAAAAUAUAUACUGUAAUGGAAAUGUGAACAUGAGUGAUGUAUUUAACAAUGAUUUGUACAUUGGUGAUCUAGUGAAAAAUGAUACAAGUUUAAUUAUGUUUUGUGUAAGAUUAAUAACACACAAAUUUUUGCUGACGGGUUUCAAAGGUUUCAUCAAAGAUGAUAAAAAUGUUAAGGUCACUUUGAAAUACUCAGCUUUGUGUUGUUUAUGUAACAUUGUCAAAUUUUACCCAAACUUCAUGACAAGCUACCUCGACCUCCAUGCCAAUGACAAAAUCCUGAACGGCAUCCAAUUAAAAAUGGAUCACUUUGGAAAUGAAGGCUUUGGCACAGAAACCGAACUGGAAAAAUAUCAAACUUUCACCGAUCUAUUACUCUUCUCCAGACAUCCAGAUCAACAAUUGAGGGGGGUUACGAGCAGUGGUGUGCGGAACAGUUUGCGGUUUUUAAAAGAUGCUUACGAUUUGAAAAAGUUGAUUUGUAUUUUGAUUGAUGGUUUGAAAGAUGAUAUACAGACUGCUACGAGGCAAAGUUUGCAAGCGGUCGAGGAUUGUUUGAGGAAUUUGAUAAGGAGCAGUACAGAUUUUGAGACAAUCAAGCUUCUACUCAACGAACUUCUCCAAGUCUCAAAAAAACCAUACUGGCUCAUAAAAGUAAAACUCGCAGAACUCCUUUCAAAACUAAACUACAAGCACAUCUACCUCAUAACCGGGUCAGAUUCUUACCAGGAAAAAUACUACUACACGACAUUCUAUAUCAAUUCUUGUCAAACGAAGACUCCAGAGUCAGAAGCGCCAGCACAAAAUGCCUAUCCUCUAGUAAAUGUUUUUGUGAGACAUCGAGGGGAUGUAAAAACUGAUUGUGAUAAGGUGUCCUUCAAAUAUUUAAUUGAUAAUAAAUUGUGUAGAAAUCUAAUGUGGCCCUUUUGCGGCAUGAAUAAAUAUAAAGGGGUACAGGAUCGUGAUGGUGUUGAGAAGAAUUUAUCCAGAGUGCUAUGGGUGUCAUCAGUGCUUUACAGCAGUCUAAUUCAACGCUACAAUGCUAUAACUUAUGGAUUUUGGCUCGAAUGUAUUUCAUGCGAACUGCUGCAACAGCUACUACAAGAGACAUCACUACAGCAUGAUUUAAAUUUACACAAAGAUAUUAUUAUAAUGUUAACCAAUUUAAUAUGCGCUUCUCAAUGUAAAGAAAUCUCCUCGAACUCAUCAGAGCAACCAACUUCAGUCCUAUACGAAACAAUUUCUGAUCUGGAUAAGUCUCGAUCUCCAUCAGAGAUGAUACUGACCCUAGAAUCUCAUCUUUUGAAAAUCCUGAACGCCUACAGAUGCGUUAUCGAAGGCGAAUUGGAUAAUAAUGCUGGAUUGAAUAUUGCUGCGGCAGCAAAUUCGAACCAGGUACAGAAAUCUAUUGGCGCAGGAGGCAGCAGUAAGAAACCUUUAGGGUUAGCAGCAACUAAAAAUACUGAAACUGAAUCACCGAAGAAGCAAUUUGGAUAUUUUGCCAACAACUCGUUGUACAUGAAGCUUUAUGAAGCUUUGAAGUCUGCUUAUUCUAUUUAUAAGACUAAUAUAGACGAUGAAGCAAGCACAAAAUUUUUGACAUUAUUGGACACUGUCAUAAGUUCUAUUUCACAAUUACUUGAAGUGCAAGUCAGAUACAUAUCAGGCAGUAUAUCAGAUGAAAUACUAUUGCACACGAGAUGGUGCAUUAAACUGUGUCCUAAAAGUACUAUUUUGUGUGUCGAACAACUAUUGAGGGCUCUUUUUAAAUGCAAUCUUGUGUCGGACUAUUCUGGGGUUGUGGAUUACUUGAAUAUAGAUUUUUCAACACGAGCUCCAGUAUCAGAAAAAAAACACUUUGAAGACAUAUUUACAAACAAUCCGUACAAAUUUGUUGAAACAAUCCAAGUAUCUCCUUGGAUAAAAUUAGUAGAAGACUUUGAUGCCUUCAGAGCCUUUUUAAAAAAACGUCAAACAUCCUGGCAACCCGACAAAAAAUUCCUGUCUUCCUCCAUCAGGCUGUUCGAACCAAUGGUGAUUGAGUGUUUAAAGAAAUACACGACCUGCAACAACACCUCGAUACAAGCACGUGUCUUAAGCCUCCUGUGCCAACUUCUACACUUAAGAGUCAAUUACAAAAUGUUGGACUCAGAGAACACUUUUAUCCAAUACGUUUUCAAACAAUUCGACAGCAUCCAAUUAGGUCAAGUUGCCGAUUGUCAGGUUUUACUCGAACAGGUGUUUGGUUUCCUUUUGCGUCUGUCGAGUGAAAAGUGCUAUGAGGAUUAUUCCAAUAGGGCUCUGCAUUUGUGCGAUGAACUUUUGGCGAGUGAACAGAAUUAUGAGACUCAUUGUGUACCGGCUCUGGUUCCUUUGGUGGAGGCUGUGUUUUUUAUGGUGCCGAUGAAGAACGGAAAGGAUUUUGUUGAUAGCGAAGAUGAUGAGUUGCUGACGAAGAGGGAGGUUGUUUUUUCUAUGGUCUUGAGGUUGUUGGAAUAUUCAGAAAUCCAAAACUCCUUCUCAAUGAUCCUCAUUUUGAGUUUCAAAAACAAACAAAUCUACAACAGACGUUCACAAUUCAUUUUGGACUAUUUACUAAACUUAAUAACGAACAAUAAAAUUAAAAUAACAACUUCAAUCAAACAACAAAGCCUACAACACUUAAUUGAAACUUUAAGCAUGAUGGUCAAUCAGGAUCCUUUACAAGUUUUGGAUAAUCCUGAACAGUUGCUGAUGAACUCGAUAACUAACGAAGUGAUUUUCGUAAGGUUUUUGGUUUGUGUUAUUUAUGAGAGCGUUAAUAAUUUAAAAAGUUGUUUUGAAGAUGAUCCGCAAAAUAAUGUUGAAUUUAUCUGUGAAGAGUUUGAGGAUUUUUUGAAGAUUGUUGAAGCUGUUUUUGAUACCGAUAGAGAUGACAACAAAUUCAAAUUAAUUUCAAAAACAGUCUCUACUAUUCUAUCAGAUGAAUCACUUGGAAAAUAUUCCAAACAAUAUUCCAACGAUGAAAACAUUCCAAUAGAAAAACUAACGGAAGAAAUUUUAUUUGUUUCGAAAAAAUCUCCUUACAUUUAUUGCCAUUGGUUACAUCUUCUUGUCGAUUUGAAUUGGAAAGAUUGGAAAUUGUGGAAGAAUGGAUUGGAAAAACUUGAUGAUGAUAAAAAUAGUGCUGUAGAAAACCCAAUUGUUUCGAAUGUUAGUAUUAAUACUAUGAUGUUGAAACGAGCAGCUUUUUUGACUUAUUGCAGAUUUAGUGUAAAGUCAAAUCAAAUAAAUAAUGAGAAGCAAAAUGUGGAACUUACUCAUUUCCUCGGAGAGCAUUUGUACGAAGUGAUUUCUUUUUGUUAUGAAGAACCAGUUAUCGAGAAUAUUUUGCAAAAUGUUGUUUUUGGAGAUGAGAUUUGCAGCGAAAUUAUUUUGCAAGCUGUUGAUAAACUAUUGCCUUCGAAAAUUGAUGAUAUGAUUUUCGUCCACAAAGUUCUAACAAAGUUUCUCGACCGGUUGCACGUAGACUUAUCAGGAUCGAUUCUCCACUCUUGUAUUGUUGAAGUAAAACUUCUUGAGCACAAGAACAUACUAAUUUGUCGUGAUGCUUCGAGACUUUGUUCGAGCAAGGCAGAGUUGUUGAGAACCUUGGAGACCGAUGAUAGUGACGAUGAAGUUGUUGUUAAGCAGAAAUUGUCUGAGGUGAAGUUUAGGCAGAUUAUGGAGUAUUUUAGAAGUAAAGGAGAACGAGUAAUUAAAAGACACGAAACGCUAGUAAGCAUCCUAAACAAGCUAGCUGUGCAAUUCUAUUCCUUGCCACCUAUCGAAUUGGACCACAUGAAAACCAUAGACUUCACCAAUUUACGGAAAACAAAAUUGGACGCGGAAUGGUUUUAUCAACAAGUAAAAACAAAAUGUUGCUCUAAAGAUAAAACUCGAGUUGAGUGCAAGGCUUUAAGCAAAAUUAUGCAAAAAUUGGGCGCUCAAAAACUGCAGGAAAUUUUAUCGGAUGAAAAUGUUGAUGUUGGCUUUUUUGCUUAUUGCUUGACUAGUGAAAGUGAUGAUGAUAAUCAAUUAUCCCUCGAUGCUACAAAUUAUCGUUUAAUCGAAAAAGUCCCAAAUUUGGACAAAACUUACAACAACCAAGUUGUGUCCAUUAUCCAAUUUGUGGAAGAUUUCAAUACAGUUUUGUGUAAGGAUCUAAAUAAGUUCAGUGUUUUGUUGACUCCAGAUUUAGCGAAGAAAAGUGUGUUUUUGCAAUGUGUAAUUAUGGUGUGUCGAUUCGAUGUUGUUAUCAAGUUUGCGAUGACGCCGUUUUUGGUUUUUGAAAGAAUCGAUUCGAGUUUGGACGAAAAGAACUAUUUUGCGUUUUUGCAGGAGUUUUUGCAAGAUUCGGAUGUUCUGGAAUCAUUUGUGUUUAGGUGUGCUCUGUUGGGCUGGACUUCGCGGACACAGUUCGAGGAGACUUGGAUGAGCUUAUUGGGAGUGAUCAGUGGUUCUCAAACUGUGGACGCGCCAUCGGAUGAAGUUGUUUCGGUGCAGACCACUGCGAUUCGGGCCAUAACCAAUUUGCUGUUGAGCAGUUUGCUGCUGCCAAAACCUGGUAAUACUGUUGUAUCCAGUUAUUUACACAUAUCGAGAAACGACAAGAUAAAUCAAGAUAAUAUAGUCUCUCGCAAGCUGAAGCCCAUCCACCAACUAAUCCAAUCAUUUCUCGAAGACCCAUUCCAAGAAUCUUCCAACUUGGACAGAACUUGCACAGAAAUUUGUAGUAAACAAAAUUUAUAUUAUCCAAAUGCACAAAUAAGUUCAAGAUAUCUGAAAAGUAUUUUAAACGAAGAGGAAAAUGAGAAAAAUAAGAUGUUGAAUGAGUUUGAAAAAGUCCACGAGUACAGGAUGAAGUGCUUGCAGGAGAGUGGAAUUGAUUUGGAAAGCUGUUUGCAGUUUUUAGUCGAGAUGUAUUCUCACAUGUUGAAUUUACAGGCUCCAACUAAUUCAAUAGUCGUUCAUUCAAUCCUGGAAUCAUGGUGUCCGUGA